AUGUCUUCCUCAAACCUCAUAGCACCCAACGAAUUCGAUGCCAACUUCAAAGUCCUCAUUGACCUUGGUGCAAAUCCGCUCAACAAUGAACCCAUCAAGGUUUGGCCCAAGGAAUGGAAGCAGCAUUUCUACAUUCCAGACAGCCAUGAGAAGAUCAAGACUGACGGAAACUACAACCCCGAGGACGCGGAUGACAUCAACCAAAGCGAGGAGAGGCUCGACUUCUUCGGCGACCAGAUCUUCAAGAUCCUCGGCCCUUCGUUCAAGGAUGGCGACCACAAGAAGCAUAUCAACCCAGCUCUGAUCAAGCAUGACCUCAAAAACAUGGUUUCUUUGACACACCUCACCACCACGAUCGCUGCUGGUCACAAGAACCCCGAUGGCUCGCAACUCGUCCUUCACCGUCGUUCCGUCGGGCAGUACCUCUCAUCUGAUAAGUACAGGGCCUGGGGUGACAUUGACAGACGGGGUGUCAUCGAUAAGCUCCGUGAUCAUCUCACAAGGGAGGAGGAUAACCUCUGGAUCGAAGUGACGUAUCGGUUCUACUUGAAACUCAACAAGCUCCCUGCCAAAAUACCAAAUGUGGAUGAGCUGUUGGAGGCAAAGUCACGCGAGCAGCUUGUCGAUGUCGUCAGGAACCUGAGUGUUGACGGUCCCGAGUUCACAAGCCGUAUCGUGGAUCAUUUGAUGGCAUUGGCUCCAAGCUCCAAUAAUGAAAAUGCCAUUGUGGUAGCUCGGCAAGGUUCGGAUCAUAAUGCACCGGUGAAGCCACAUCUGAGCCCAAUUACCGUAUCUUCGGAAUUUGCCACGAGAUGUGUUCUCAAGCGCUCU